AAAUGCUUUAAAAUUAUAAGACGAUAGUUACUUUGAUAUGGUGUCUAUCGACUGAAGUAACGUAAUAUAGCGCACGGAAUGGAUCCUAUCUAUUUAUCAGUAUUUCUGUCGGCUAUAGUUACUGUUACCCAGGGGCGUGUGUUAAAAGCCAUAAAAUGGGGAUAUGGCGAUUUUAAUGGACCAGAACAAUGGCCAGAACUAUUUCCUGACAAGUGCGCAGGAACAUUUCAAUCUCCGGUCGACAUUCGUCCGCUGGAAACUUUCUAUAAUCGAUAUCUAACACCGUUCAAUAUCUACGAGCCGCCACCACCACAUGCCAAAUAUACAAUACAAAACAACGGGAAAUCAAUUCAAGUUGACACACAAGGAAUAUUCUUACUCGACAAUGGUGGACUCCGACACACCUACAAAAUAGAACAGUUUCAUUUUCAUUGGGGAGAUUCUGCUGGCCAAGGGGCAGAGCAUACCAUUUACGAGACGGCUGAAUCAAUGGAGAUGCACAUAGUUAGUUGGAACGUUGAGAAAUAUAAAAGUUAUGUUGAGGCAUCGCAAUCGCCUGAUGGACUUGUCGUUUUGGGAAUAUUAUUUAAUGUUUCGUUCUUUGAUAACCCAGUAAUGGAAGGGAUUGUACAGGCCAUUCCUAGAAUAAGAGAUCCAGACUUGAAGAAUAAGGUAGACAUUCAAUAUAUACCAUUGGUUGAAUUUUUACCCAAUUCGCCGGAGAAGUAUUUCAGGUAUAGAGGGUCACUAACAACACCAAACUGUUAUGAAAGUGUUAUCUGGACUGUGUUCAAGGAAAGGCAAUAUAUCUCAGAGAGGCAGGUAAACACGAAUACUUUUUUCCUUAUUUAAUAGGUUGUCAAGAAA